AUGGGCAUUCUACGCAACAAAGAAAAGUUUUAUGAACCAAUUCGAAUUGAGGAUAUAGCUGAUGAUGUAGGCGAGGAUUAUGCCAAGUUUGUUUUUGCUUAUUAUUUAUAAAACAUUUUUUAGUUAUAUUCUUGAAUCGGAUUUUUCUGACGAUAAUGAGCAGGCUCAUAAAGAGGAUAUCAAAGGUUUUCCUUGCAAGAAGACUCGACGUUAUCGUCCACGCAAAUGUGUUGAGAUGGUUGAUGGCCUAGCUCCAAAACGCAAUAUGAGUGGUCAUAAAUGGAGGCGAAUAGAGAAUGGUUUUUUUUGUUUUUUAAAUUUUAUUUUUUAA